AUGUUUUUGGCUUCUCAGAAGAAAGGAUUAACAUUUAUUGAAUAAUAUAUUACAAUGAUGAUUAUACUAAAGAAAUAACAUUAGUUAACGAGAUUAGCAUCAGCUAUUAUAAUAGUGAUACCUUACAUUCAACUACUAAUUUUGACAUUGGAUUUGAGAUUAAGUGAAAACACUAAGAAAGAAUCUAUUCAUUUUCAAAUAGUAAAGAGUUUUAUUAGACCUGAUAUGUGGUUAAUAGAGAAAGGAAAUGAAUAAUAAUCUCUACUGUUUAUAAUUGUGCUUGUGAUAAUGUUGUAUUAAAAAGCAAAACUCAUAAUCAUAGUUAUAUUGUAUUAUUAUAUUCUAAACCAAGACAAUCUGUUAGCACAUUUACAAAAUAAUUUUUAUAUCAAGAUUCCUAUUUUCAUUUUAAGCCUCUACUAAUAAAUAAUAUCCUUAAUACUCUAUUAAUGGUGUGUAUUAAUUUGUGUAUGCAGUAUUAAAAAUCUUUUUGAUGAGGUUGUUAUUAAUCAAUAAUUUUUAAACUUGUUUCUAAUAUUUUUAGUUUUAUUGACUUUGAUAUUGGUAGUUUUAGAUAAUAUUUUACAUAUAAAGGUGAUGGAGAAACCAAUUACUAUGAAAAUAUAGGGAUUGGAAAGAAAGAAUAUAAGCACUUAUAGAUACAUAUCUUUGAUCAUAGAAUUUAUUGUUUAGUUUCUUUAUGUAUUUCAAAAGGAUUAACCUUCAACUUUACAUCUACUAAUAGGAUUAUCAAUAUUAAAAUGCUGUCUCGAUCUUUUUGAUCAAUUCGCAAAUUAUGUUUUUGUGAAUGUAAAAUUAAUUAAAGUGCUACUCUGUGGAAUAUCGUUUUCUAUUGUGGUUAAUUUUUUAAUAGAAAUAAUAGAAUUGUAAGAGAAAUAUGGGUCAAGAGUGAUAUUCUAGACUCUUGUUUUAACUCCUAUUGUAUUUUAAAUACUAUAUAAAUAUUAUCAAAUAGACUAAAAGUAAAAUUUGGUUACAUUAUUCAAUGAUGAAAUUCCAUAACCGAAAAGAUUCAUUUACCAUAUUACAAGUAUUUUGAAUGAAUAAAAUUUCGAAUUUUGCAUUGUUUAAAGAUCCCUUAUUCAAUAAUAUCAUUAUAAGAGAUGUUCAAAUCUAUCAUGUUCAAUUUGUGGACAUCAAUUUAUUUUAGACACAAGAUCGGCAUAAGGGAUUACCAUAGACAUUUUUAAGGAGUUCAUAUAGUCAAGAUUGAUGAUUCUUUUGAAGGAGUCCUUAAAAUUAAAUUUUACUGAUUAAAAAAGUUGCAAAAAAUCAAAAAGAAGGUUCCUUAAUUAUGUUUUCCUAUUAUAUGACUUUGGAUGGAUAAUGCAAUCAUUAUAGUAUUUACAUUAAUUAAAAUAUGUUUAAUAAGCACAAUAAUCAAAUUAGAAAGGAUUGAAAAACCAUAUAGGUACUUUACCUUAAAGCAAUUCGUAUUCAGAUAAAAAUAGCCAUUAUGUGACUGGAGACAAUUAAACAAAUUUGUCUCAACCUUAAAAUAUUGAUGCAAACAUGUAAUUCUAAAUCAACAUCUUGCUAAAUUAAAUUAAAUUUAGUAUGCUUGAGUCAAUUUUUAUAUCAGUAACUUUAGAGGAAGCAAGAAGAACAAUAUAAAAGAAUUUUGGAACAGAUGAAUAUGUUUAGCAACAAUCAAUUACCUCAGAUUUUGUGACUUAAUAUUUAUUAAAUGAAGUUUAAGUUUAAUAGGCUAUUACCAUCAUUAUUAAUUUAGCUAAACAGAAGGUAAAGUUUUAUGAAGAAAUGAUGAAAAUUAAAUCAGAUGAUAAAAAAAUAAAUUUUUGGGAUAAUCAAAAAAGUUAUAUUGGUUUGAUGGAUAAAUGUUAAUAGUUUAAUUAGGGGGAAUCAAAGAUUAUUGAAAUGUACAAUAUUCAUCCAAGUUAUGUGUUACAUCAAGCCUUGAAUGUAUUUUAUUGUUUUAUUUAAAAUGAUUAUGAGAAGGCAAUGCAAUUUUCAAGGAGUCAGAAAUUCUUAGAUGAAAGAUAAUUGAAAUUUCUAAAGAUUAAGAAUUUCAAUGUAAAUUCUAAGGAGAUUUAUUAUUUAAUCAUGAUGUUGCAAGACGACAUGUAACAUUUUAAUAUUUAAACUCAUUCAAAUUAACUAUUCGAUCGCUUCGGCAUAUAUAGAAAUAAAGGAGAAACCUAUCAAUUUGAAGACCUGAUUCCAUUAGCAGUGGUUAAUUACCAUCAUCAUUUUGUUGGUCAGUUCUUAGAAAGUGGAUAAUGUAAAUUCUUUAAAAUAUUCGAUAUUAAUUUUAUAGUUGCUAAAGAUUAAUUUAUUUAGGCCAUCUAUCUUAAUGUUGACGUAACUGAAUUAUUUGUUAAAUCAAAUCUAACAUUUUCAGCCUUUUUUUAACCUCCAACAGAAGACUUAAUGUUUAUUUUAGUUGAUGGGGUUAAACAUUAAUGCUUAUUUACAAAGAGUAUCCUUAAUUAGAUUGGAUGGACUUCUGAAUAGAUUUAAUGGUUCAAAGUUAAUUAUGAUAUCAAUAAGAUUGCUAUCGAAAGUAUAAUGCCAGAUUUCUUAGAUAUUCUUGAAUCUCUUAUAAAAUUAACAGAAACCUCUCUUAGUCAAAUCGAAUUAAUCUUUCCUAAGCCUCCUGAUAAAUUAUCAUAAAAACAGUAUGAUUUUCAAUCACUCAAAAAUAUUCGAAAUAGCUAUUUUAGAUCCAACACUAUCUAAAAUAUUAAAUAUUUUUGUGAUCUCACCAUCAGAAAAAGAUAAAUUUCUAAUUAUGUCUAUUAUGUAAUGCAUGUAUCCUAUAUUCAAAAAUAAUAAAAUGUUGAAAGCCUAUUAGAAAAUACAACUAAUAGGUAGAGAUCAAAUAUUCCUAAUGAAGGUGAUUUCGAUAGUGAAAUAAAUGAAUUAGAAUUAUAAAACAGAAAUCAAAUAUUUGAAGAAUUUUAAAAAUAAGUCAAAGACUCAUCCAAAUAAAUGUAAAGAAACCUAAAGUUAUUCUCUAAUUAUAUCAGUGAUCAAAUUUAAGAUGACAUCUUAAGUCCAGGUAGAAUUUGUAUCACAAAUCCUAAUAUUUAAGAUAAACAUGAAGUCAAUGAGUUUAAAGAAUUGUUACACUCCAAUAAAGACAACUAAUAAGAAUAUUUCUAUCAUGAUGAUCAAAUGAAAGACUGUUCCUCGUAUGAAUUAAUAGUUUCUUAAUUUACAAAAAAAUAAGUAAAAUAAUAAAAGACUAAGACUUUGAAUGAUAUGUCCAAAGACACUUUAUGGAAAAAAUAUGACAUCGUUCAUAGAAUUAUGUAAAAUUCAAAACCAAAAUACGUAUUUCAUUUUUUAAUCUACACUUUCUUACUUUUAAUGUCUUUUCUAGUUAUUCCAAUUUUUAUAAUGGAUGAAUUCAAUAAAGAUUUGAAUAUCUUGAUUGAAUAAAUUGAAAUGUUGCAAUUGCAUGCAAGUAUUAUGGGUCCUCAUGAUCUCUUCUUUUCAAUGAGAAUAACUGUAACAUCCUAUUAAAUACAAUAUAGAGAAGGCUUUAUUAAUGCUAAAGAACUUUAACUUCUUUCCACUCCUUUUCUAUAGUAUCUACCCUAAGGCUAUUAAGAAUUACAGGAUAAUUUUUACACACAAUUAACGAAUCCUUAUUUGGCUUAAUUUUUGAAUGAUGUGAACAUCCCUGUUUGGUUCAUGGGGUAAAAUUCUUCUGUUAUAUAUUCAUAAGAAGUUACAUUCAGAGAUAACCUAUUCAUUAUGCUUUAAUAUUAACAAUAAUAAUUAGCUGCUUAUUAGUUCAAUAGAGCCAUUGCUGGUCAACCAUUUUAAGUAUUUUUAAUUGCAAAUUAUUUGGUAAUGUAAAAUACUUGUGAAAGUUUGACGAAUGAAAUAAAAAUAUAUUCUGAAUAGAAAUGCAAUUAAAUUUAUAUAAAGUGGUCUAUUCUAUUGACUUGCUUUGUUUUUGUUUUUAUUUUGAUGUUAUCGAUUGUAUUUUAUUACCAAAAGAAAUACUUUGCUUCAUAUGAUCUAAUUAUUGGAUUACUAAGACAUAACACAGACGAGGUUAUUCUUCAUGAAAUAUAAAGAUAGAAGAUAUUAUUAAAUAUCAUUUCAGGAAAUAUGCUUGAAGAAUUCCAUUUAGAGAAGGAAUAUAUUGUGGUAAUCAAAGCAUAAACAUUAAAUGAAAAUGCUAAAUAGAAUUAAUUAAUGUAUCAUAAAUAUGGCUAGCGAUUUCCAUAAUAUAAAUACAACAUAGCAAAUAUAACUUUCUUGCUCUUAAUAAUAAUUUAUGGAAUAAUAGUGUUUUUCUUGGCUUAAUAAUAUUUAACCAAGUACAAUGUUACAAUGGAUUUCUUUAAGUUGAUUUAAGAUUUGAAAUUUCGAGGAGGCAAUGGAUUUCUUUAUCGAGAAUUAUUUUUUCGUUUCACCAGCUAUCCGUUUCUAACGACAUCAGAUUAAGACAAUUUAUAUAUUUUAUUAAAUAGAUCUUAAAAUGUGUUAUAAGAGUUUAAUUCCUUGAUUGAAACAAUUCAUUACGAUGAUUAUUUACUAACCUAAAAUUUCAUAGAUUUAUUAGAAUUUGUUUAAGUUAACGAGAUGUGUUCAUAAGUUGAUGAAAAAUUUAAACCAUUAAUGGACCAAUAUUGUAUUUUGGCUUUUGAAGGUAUACUCUCGAAAGGGAUUGUCCCUACUCUAAGUUAUCUUUACAAUUAAGUUAAAACCCAGCAGCAAAUAAACAAUUUUACUAAAAGAGUAGAAAUGCAUAAGUAUGAAUUGGAGGGAUCUUAAAUAAUCACAAGAGCGUUUUUUGCACUCUCAAAUAGUUUUAAGAGUAGCUUCAAGGAAAUAACAGAAGAAACAUUGAAAAAGCUGAAUAAUGUCUCAAUAUGUUAUUUGGUGUUUUGCAGCAUUACGAUUUUAGCUUUAAUACUAUUAUACCCAAAAUAUUUGUUUGAUUAAUAUCAACUGUUAAAGCGGAUUGUGUACUUUAUACCACUUCAAAUUUUCUUGAGAGAUGGGUAUUUGGAAAGAAAUUUAAAGGAAAUACUUAUCAAAUAAAUUUGA